AUGGCGCUCUCUUCAGAAGUUGCGUGUGGCGAGCUCAAUCCGUCAGAACUUGGGACGAAAACUUACUGGGAAGAGGCAUAUCAAAAUGAGCUGAGUAACUUCACGAACCAUGGUGAUGUGGGUGAAGUGUGGUUUGGCAGCAAGAAUGAAUGUCGUGUUGUCCGAUGGCUGCUGCAGCAUGCUGAUAAAACGAGCCAUAUUCUGGACAUCGGUUGUGGAAAUGGGCACCUUCUUGUACACUUGGCCAAAGAAGGUUUCAACAAUCUGACGGGAGUUGACUACGUUGAGAAUGCGGUGAUCCUUGCAAAGGAAUUGGCAGCCAAGGAAGCAGUUUCUGUCCUCUUUGAGGUGGGCGACAUUCUUGAGCAGGACCUGCCGUGUCCCAGUUUUUCAAGGAAAUACGACUUCGUCUUGGACAAAGGAACGUAUGAUGCUAUCAGCCUCUGUCCAGACAAUCCACAAAAGAAACGCAGGUGCUACCUUGAAGUUGUGUCACAACUCCUUGCAACUGGAGGCCAUUUUGUGAUUGUGUCAUGCAACUGGACACAGCAGGAACUGACAGCACACUUUAAUAGAGAGCUUGUGCUCUUGGAUACCAUACCAACACCCACAUUUUCAUUUGGUGGCAGCCAAGGGAAAUCUGUGACUGCGUUGGUUUUUGUGUGCAAGCCUCCCAUGGAAAAAUCUUGACAGCAAACAUCUGUAUGCUUUUCGUUAAAGGCAUUGUUGCUAAAUG